ACAUAAAAUUGGAAAAAAAAGAGAAAAGAUCAUUUUUAUAAUAGCAUUUAUAUAUUUUAUCAAAUCAUAUUUAUGAUACAGUUUGGUUAUUUUGUCGAAAUAUUAUUUAAAGGUAUUUCAAAAUAUUAUUUACUUCAUUCUAGUAAUUAGUGUGCAGGUAAAAACUGUUCAAUACACUGUAUGUUUUUACUAUUGAUAAAUAACUGAUCGACAGGUGUAGUUGUGUCUCAGUUUUGUGAGCAGGAAUGUUUGAAGAUUUAAGAUUUGUUAUGGAAAGCGUAACCACUCUGGCACUGGCAUUCUCAGUCUGCAGCCUCACUAUAUUCUGUGUUUAUCGUAGAAUGGCAGGAUCAAGUACUAGCCUCCCUGGACCAAGGGCGUGGCCAAUAGUGGGAAAUCUUCUAAUGAUAAGUAAAGCCAAAGACUUUUAUAAACUAACAAAGGAGUUACAGAAGAAGUAUGGCAACGUUUAUAAACUGCAGUUUGGACAGUUGACCAUCGUUUUCAUUUCUGGGCACAAAAAUAUAACGAAAUGUUGGAUUGAAGAUGGCGAUAUUUCUACGGACAGACCGGACUGGCUAUUUUGUCCAAGAGUAAUCACCAAACAAAAAGGAAUUAUAAUGGCGAAUGGACAUCAGUAUAUUGAACUAUAUAAACUCCUGAUGCAAGCACAACGCGGGGAAUUUUUCCAAAAGAACAUGGAACUUCAGCUAACAGAAGAAAUCAAUGAACUGUGUAAGUGCUUCAGUCCGGAAAAUGCAGUAGAUCCAUUGGAACAUUUAAGAACCAGCGUACUAAAUGUUGGCGCCAUAAUGGCAUUCGGAAAGAGAUUUGAUUACAGUGACGCGGAGUUUAAAACACUGUAUGCCAGGAUCCUUUAUGUGUUUAAACAUGGUCAAAGUCUUGGCAGGAAAGAAACUUUCUUCAGUUGGCUAGCUUUCUUUACAAAGUCUCAGGUUAGAGAGGUUAUUGCAGAAAAUGACAAAUUACAUGAAUAUAUAAGAGAACAAUUGAAGGACCACAAAAUUGAACAUAGUCCGAAGUCUCCAAAGGAUUUUCUAGAUUUCUAUCUUAACCUAUCAGAGGAAACCAGAAAGGACAGCGCUUUAUCAGAAGCUAAUAUGUUCCAGACUAUCGUUGAUAUGUUUACUGGGUCCAUCGACUCAUUGACAGCCACACUGAUGAUAAUUGUGUUUUAUCUAUUGAAAUACCCGGAUGUCCAAAGAAAAUGCAGAGAAGAAUUACACAGGGUAUGCAAAGGAAAGAGUAAAGUGACGUUAGAAGAUGGAGAUCAACUUGUAUAUAACAGAUCAACUAUUAGAGAAGUACUACGCAUAGCAAAACCACUCGUAUUCUCCAUAUACAGAACCAACAAACGGGAUAUGGAAGUAGACGGUUAUACUAUCCCAGCAAAGUCUAUCAUCUUGUAUGAUUUGAAUGACCCUCAGGUCGAUCCUACAGUAUGGGAAAAUCCUCUGGAAUUCAAUCCUGAUAGAUGGACUGAUAGAUUGACAGAAACACAGACAGAUGGCUUUCUCCCUUUUGGAACUGGUAAAUAUAAAUUUAUUUCUAUUCCUUCAUUAGAAAAUUACUACCCAGAAUUCAUUAGAAUCCGAACAGCAAAAUAUUUGUCUUUGUUUUUAGGUGAACGUAAAUGUCCAGGAAGAAUAGAAGCAGAAAGAUCUGUGCUUUUAAUUACAACCAAUAUACUACAGAAGUUUGAGUUAAUACCAGAAGAUGAAAACUUACCCAUGGAACGAGAAUGGACCGGAGUUGUCCUUCGUCCUAAACCCUUCAAAAUGUUUAUGAAACCUGUGGAAUAUUUCGAAGAUUUCAGAUAG